GGAUUUCUUGUCGAGUGACGCAAACGAGAGCAAGACCUCAGCGUGGAGAACGUCUAACCCAUUUUUGAAGAAAAYCCUGUGUUUCCUUCAAAAGUGUGAGGUCUCAUUCCCGUUUCUCCGGUUCAUUCUUUAAUCUAACACACAUUCUUUCUUACUGUUGAGUUAUUAUCGGACUUGCUUCCGAUUUAAACGUAAUUUUUGCCCUUGUAAAUCUUGUGGUGUCGGAUUCUCUUUCAUUCAUCGUUUAGUCAGGAUUCUUAUUUAAAUCUGCUUGUUUUCGGGUUUCAAAAUGUCUCAAAAAACGCCUAUAAGUUUAAUGAACGAGUUAGCAAAGGCCAAUAACCUUGAACCGGAGUACAAAGUGAUCGAGGAGAAAGGUCCWGCUCAUAAGAAGACUUUUCGUGUCGAGCUCAAAAUGGGCAACGUUGGAACAUGGGAAGGCACUGGUGAGUCCAUCAAGAAAGCAARACAUGAUGCUGCCUGUAGAGGCCUUGAAAAYUGUGGCCUUUGUAUCCCAGAGAAGCCAACAGUAAGGGCAGUAAAUCUCACUCCCACUGUAGARUUGAAUGGGCUGGCAAUGAAGCUGGGGAAAGGUACUCAGUACAAAGAUCUUCCACCAAAGCCUCUACCGUCUCACACRCAUGGUCAAUUYCCUGGACCAACACAGCGUCAGAUGAACCCACGCUUCCGUGGAAUGUCAAACAUGCAGCAGGAGUUUAAUAACAUGGGGUACAGYAUGCAGCAUAGACAGUAUGGACAGUAUAGUAUGUACCCUCGGCAAGCACCUAGGAUGAUGAGAGUGUCUCUCACUGUCGGUGACCAGGAAUAUCUAGGAGAGGGUCGUGAUAAGCAGCAAGCGAGGCACAAUGCUGCCAAGAAAGCAAUYGAGUUACUCCGAGAGGAAUUACAGCUCAAGAUAAAUUCUAAUGCCAUGGCAGCCUCUACUAAUCAGGAUUCCAAAACUGACAACUCUAAUGCUCCCAGUAACAUCAGUAACCCUACUGACGUUGAGCAGGAGGACCARAAAUCUGAAGUCAGCCUCGUCUAUGAGAUUGCAACUCAGAGGAAGUUGUUGGUUGAUUUCUCCGACAUCAGCAAUGUUGGCCCUGCACACAUGAAGAAGUUCCGUGUCCGUGCUACAGUAGGUCAGUUUGUGACKGAGGGAGAGGGGCAGAGGAAGAAAGAUGCCAAAAAAGAUGCCGCAGUCAAGAUGUUACAAGAAUUGAAAAAACUUCCAGAAAUUCCUGAAGCGGAUUUAAAACGACAGAAAAAUGGCCAUUAUUCCAGGCGUAAUGUGAAGGGAGGCAACAAACCAAAACCUAAAUCUGACCUUGAUCCUACACUGAAUCCAAUCAGCAUCCUAGGUCAAAUUCUUCAGGGGCGUCACGAGCCGGCACCUGUUUACAGCUUGGUUGAAGAAAGAGGACACCUUUCAAAGAAAGAAUUUGUCCUUCAGGUAAYCGUUGGAAAUCACAAAGCUAGUGGUUUUGGACCUAACAAGAAGACAGCUAAAAAGAAUGCUGCUGAAGCCAUGCUUGAAUUGAUGGGAUUCAGACCUACCAAAGAAGAGAAACUAGCACAACAGAAUGGUCAUAAUGGCAACAUUACCUCUGAUGACAGCAGCAAUCAAUCAAACAACCUCAGUCGUCAGCUAAAACCAGGGCUACUACCCAUGGUACCUGAGCUAGCCAAGCARUUUGGUCGCAACCUGAACCCAUUGGUUACACCAGCGACAGCAGUCAAGGAUGAAGAACCUGAACAAGUACAAGGGAUAUUGAAUAGAGCACCCGGUGCUCCUGUYGGUAACAUGGUCAAUUCUACUGGCAAGCCGCAGACAAAAUGCCAGCAUCUGAUGCAGUUAGCAGAAGGCAUGGGAUUGAGAGUGCAGUUCACUAACUACCCCCAGGACAUAAAGGGUUCUAAACAGUUUUCUUCUCUYGUGAAUGUGUCGGCCAACCCACCCCUUACCUUCUAUGGAUCAGGUUUCACGCCUGAGAUUGCAGAUGAAGAUGCUGCCAACAAUGCCCUGAUGGAUUUACAUUCUUUACACGUAAAACAUGAUGGUUUAGGUCAAGUCGCUGAACAAAUCAAUGGUAGUGCCGCUACAGAUCCAAUCAUCCCUACUGAACCAAGCGAUAAGCAACCUGUCGUUUUAGCUAAUGAAUAAAACACGCACUCCUGCUAUAAUCCUAACUUCUAAACUUCUCUUAACUUGUAUCUCCUUGUGUUUGCAAUAAAGAAUGUAAUCUCAAUA